AUGGGCAAAGCCAACGAAGCCGACAUCCAGAACGCGAUCCAGAGCGUCAAGAGUGGUGUCAGCGUCACCAGUAGUGCGACUCGCUGGGGCGUGCCGCGAUCUACGCUGAGGCACCGGCUCAAGGGCACCAAGACACACGCAGCCGCGGCUGAAUCGCAGCAGCGACUAUCCAAGCAGCUAGAGGUGCAGCUGGGCGGCUGGAUCACGACAAUGACGGCCAUUAACGAACCGCCGACGCACAAGCAAGUGCGCGAAGUGGCGACGCAGCUACUCGCUCUUCAAGGAGAUCUUCGGCCGCUGGGCAAGAACUGGGUGAUUACAUUCCUGCGGCGGAAUCCCCAUAUUAAAAUUAUGAAAGAAUCGACCGGCCUUCUGGAUGAGAGCGCUGUCAAUGGAGCAAUGGAUGAGACCAAUGGAUGCAUUGCAACUUUGAAAGGGAGUCUUGAUCGAAUCGCACAAUACGUCGGAUCUGAUAUACAGCCAUAA